AUGUCAAACCCUGAAAUGAAGAAAGAGGAAGACCUCUACGAUAUUCUCAACCUAUCUCCGCCGUCGUUCAAUGUCACCAACAAUUUGACGUCACCUUCUUCGAUGGCUUCCAAAGACUUUGGUGAGUCUCUGCACCACGAGUCGCCGGUCUUCUCUGUGCUUCCAGACCAAAACAGUGGAUGGGAGAACCCCGGACAACCGAACUCAUUUCAGGCCAGUGCAAAUGUCAACUUGACCAAUUCCAAUCUUGCAGUAAAUUCAUUCUUUGCAUCUCUGGGUCCCCAGAUGGUCAACUCGCAGAACUUGCUUUCGCCACACAACUUCCAGGGUUACCAAAAUCACAGAACUUCCGAUAGUUACUCAACCCACUCGCUAUACUCCGAUGCGUCACUGAAUCCUGGCUCUCCGUUUCAUGAUGCUGCAUCUCACUUCAGCGAUGCGUACUCCAAUGUGAACUCACAGGCAGACCAGCAGUUGGCCAGUGGAUUCUUGGAAACCGCACCUCGUCGUGUGGAUACUUUUAGCGAGGAGAUUUUAUUGGGUCAGUCCAUAUCCUCUACGAAUUUGACUGAUAUGUCAUACAAUGAUUAUCCGGUAAGCCAACCACAGGUUCGUGCUCAGAGUAACAUUUUGGGAGAACAGUACUCCCAGCCAAUAAUCCAAGAACCAGUACCACAGGUAUCUUACAACGUUACCUCGUAUGGUAACGAAUUUGACAGACUCACAGAGACCAAUCUCAUAAAUUACACAGAGAACAAUCUAGAAGCGUUGGAGAGCAAGGAAGUGACGAUAUCCAUCCACCAGGCUCCAGAUGUCGUGGCAGCUAAAACUCCAUCUUUAUUCAGCAAUUCGUCGCACAAUUCUUCUGCCAACAAUUCGCCUAGACCGGGCCAAUCACAACUUGCUACCAGAUCUGGUUCUGCCAGCCCGCUUCCGAACUCAUCUUUUGACCCGGUUAGCCCUGGUUCACAUUCUGAUUACGAGAACAAGUCCCACCUUCGACCAGACGAACUCCACAGUAUACGUCGUGGAAGACAGAGAGCUCAUUCUUUGAAGGUUCGGUCUCGCCUGAGAUCUAGAUCAGCUCUGAAUGCGUCAGGUUAUGAAGAUGUAUCGGGCGAUGAAUCUGACGAUGCCCAAGAUGAGAUCCCUACAAACAUAUCUACACGUGAAAAGAUGUUAGAGCUUGCUUCUACUCCACAAACCUCCAAGAGAGUUCAAAAGCAUCCUUCAUUGUACGCCUGUCAUCUUUGUGAGAAGAGAUUUACUCGUCCUUAUAAUCUCAAGUCGCACUUACGCACACAUACGGACGAAAGACCAUUCAUUUGUAACGUCUGUGGCAAAGCAUUUGCCCGUCAGCACGAUAGGAAGAGACAUGAAGAGUUGCAUUCAGGAGAGAAAAAAUUUCAGUGUAAGGGACUACUCAAAAAUGGUACUCCUUACGGAUGUGGAAGAAAAUUUGCCCGUGCAGAUGCACUCAGAAGACAUUUCCAGACCGAGUCUGGUAAGGAAUGUAUCCGGCAACUCAUUGAAGAAGACGAAGCAGAACGAAAAGCUGGUAAAGUAUCUGGUGGCAUCCAGCUCCCUGGAGGAGAGUUCUUGAGCCCAACAGCGAUAUCUGCUCAAUUUCUCAACCUACCCUCUGUGGCCAUCCUGCCACCAGAAUAA